CGCCCCCGGGGAAGUCCCGCAGGGCGGGAGCGCGCGGCUCAGCGCGGGGCCUCGUUGGGCGAGCGGCUUUCGUCACUUCCGCUUCCUCUCCGCUCUUGGCGCCGUCGGCUUGUCCCGUUUCGCCUAGAGAAGGAGGCCCGUGGGGCCCACUACGCACUGUUCAAGAUGUCAUACAUGUUGCCACACUUGCACAACGGCUGGCAGGUGGACCAGGCCAUCCUAUCAGAAGAGGACCGAGUUGUGGUCAUCCGCUUUGGGCACGACUGGGACCCAACCUGCAUGAAAAUGGAUGAAGUCUUGUACAGCAUUGCUGAGAAGGUAAAAAACUUUGCUGUUAUUUAUCUUGUGGAUAUCACUGAAGUACCAGACUUCAACAAGAUGUAUGAGUUGUACGACCCCUGUACCGUCAUGUUUUUCUUCAGGAACAAACACAUCAUGAUUGAUUUAGGUACAGGUAAUAACAACAAGAUCAACUGGGCAAUGGAAGAUAAGCAAGAGAUGAUUGAUAUUAUAGAAACUGUUUAUAGAGGAGCCCGCAAAGGUCGAGGUUUAGUGGUAUCACCAAAAGAUUAUUCCACUAAAUACAGAUACUGAUAUUUCUUCUGCCUUUUUUUAACCCUACAUCCACUUAAAUUUAUUCUUCUGUAUGUGUACAUAUAUAUAUAUAUUAAAAGACUACAAAUACUUCAA